AUGACCACGCCGCCGCCACCCAAGCGCGCAAAGCGUGAGGAGUACCGCCGCAACCUUCAGAACCAAUUUGAGGCACACCAGAAUCCCGAUGCCGAGAUCGCCGACGUCAAGAUGCCGCAGAAGAAAUUCUUCCGGCAGCGCGCGCAUGCGAACCCCUUCUCCGAUCACAAGCUGGACUACCCUCUGAGCCCGGCGCAUAUGGAUUGGUCGUCACAUUUCCCCGCCUUCAUUGACCCCGAUACUUCGAAAACCACACUUGGGGGUGCACGCAAGCUGCUGAAGGACGUUGAGGUCGUGGACAUUGGAUGUGGAUUUGGUGGAUUGCUGGUUGGACUGGCACCUCUCUUGCCAGACACCUUGAUGAUCGGAAUGGAGAUUCGAAUCUCUGUUCUCGACUACGUCCGUUCGCGCGUCCACGCUCUUCGCAUCCAACAGCAAAAACUUAAGAAUGGCACGGCCGCGCAAGCCUCCGCCGAAAAUUCGAAUAACGCCGAAGCUUCUGUUGAUGAGGACGAGGUUGGGAGUACAACAACCAUCGUGCCAGGAAACUACGAGAACAUCAGCGGAAUCCGAGCCAACACGAUGAAAUUCUUGCCGAACUUUUUCGCCCAGCACCAGCUUUCCAAGAUCUUUGUCUGCUUCCCAGACCCCCACUUCAAGGCGCGUAAGCACAAGGCGCGCAUUGUCUCCGAAUCGCUGAAUGCCGAAUACGCCUACGUCCUGCGACCUGGUGGUCUUAUGUACACCAUUACCGAUGUGGAAGAGUAUCACCACUGGGUCCUCCGGCACUUCGAGUACCAAUCUGAAGAGGAGAGAGCGCAGGGCGGUAUCAAGGACCUCUGGGAGCGGGUCUCUGAGGAGGAAUUGGCAGCUGAUCCUUGUGUGCGGGUUAUGAGCUUCGAGACCGAGGAGUCGAAAAAGGUCUCCCGCAACAACGGCAAUAAGUACGUUGCGGUGUUCCGACGCAAGGCCGACCCCGAAUGGAUUGCAUGA